AUGGAACCAGAACUAUCUCCCGAAAAGAAAAAAGCAUUGGAAGAGGCUCAAAAGUUGCGAGAUAAAGCCGGAGAGGAGGCGAAGCUUCGAGGCACUUGUUUCGAUCAAUCAAAGAAAGAAUUUGAGAGCGGGGACAAGGCAAAGGCCAAGCAGCUUUCAGAGGAGGGAAAGAAGCACGGUGCACAGAUGGAGCAGUACAAUAAGCAGGCUGCUGACGCUUUUUUUGCCGCUCAUAAUCAAGGACGUGACGACUACACCAUUGAUCUACAUGGUUUGUAUGUCGAAGAAGCUCUAGAACGCUUGAACCAGCGUUUUGAUAAGAUUGGUAGAAAGGGAACUCUGGUUAUCAUUUGGGGGGCUGGCAAUCACAGCGAAGGAGGUGUUCGCAAGAUCAAACCUGCGGUAGUAGAGGUUCUGAAUAAGGGAGGAUGGAAGUUUGAAGAUGAUACCCCUAACCAUGGUUGUUGCACGGUUUAUUUCACUGCUCCCACUGCAGAAGUGUCAGUUAUUCCCCCGAGACCUACUGUUGCGCCCCCGAAGCCUACUGCUACACCAACCAAAACGAAAGUUCCUUCCAAGUCUGCAGAAGUCGCUUCUUCGAAAGAGAUGCCGGUUGCAAAGGAGACAAAGAGGGCGUGCUCGUGUUGCUGUGUUAUGUAA